GCGCGCACAUCACAAAAGGUUUGUGUUUGUGAGCGCGCACCGGAAGUGGAACGCUGACUUCCGGGCCGGUUGCGGAAGCUGAUAGAGAGAGAGAGCUAGAGGUGCACAUUGGAUACCAGGACUGGGAAGUUUUGUGCGGCUGGAGAAAAGCGGAGAGAUCGGCGGUGAGGAACUUCCAGUCUCUUAGUACGGUGACUACAGAGGAGGAGGGCUGGACUCCAAGGCGAGGGUCGGCGGUGGCGGCUUAGGCCUGGAUUCCCGCUCCGAGCCCGCUGCUCCCUCCACGGUGGUCAGCACCAUGGCCAAGAACUACGACACCAUGGAGUUCCCGUACUGCGACGAGGUGUCCAAGUAUGAGCGGCUGGCCAAGAUCGGGCAGGGAACCUUCGGCGAAGUGUUUAAAGCCAAGCACCGCCAGACGGGCAAGAAGGUGGCUUUGAAAAAAGUAUUGAUGGAAAAUGAGAAAGAAGGAUUCCCAAUCACGGCUCUACGUGAGAUAAAAAUUCUUCAGCUGCUGAAACAUGAAAAUGUCGUAAAUCUGAUUGAGAUUUGUAGAACCAAAGCAAAUCAGUACAACCGCUGCAAAGGAAGCAUCUUCCUGGUAUUUGACUUCUGUGAACAUGAUCUAGCUGGACUUCUUAGCAAUACGCAUGUCAAGUUCACUCUUUCUGAGAUAAAGAAGGUCAUGCAAAUGCUCCUCAAUGGUCUCUACUACAUCCACAGGAAUAAGAUCUUGCACAGAGACAUGAAGGCAGCAAAUGUGCUGAUCACUAGAGAUGGAGUUUUAAAAUUGGCUGAUUUUGGAUUGGCUCGGGCCUUCAGUCUUGCCAAAAACAGCCAGCCAAACAGAUACACCAAUCGUGUGGUCACACUCUGGUACCGCCCCCCUGAACUACUUCUAGGAGAGCGUGAUUACGGUCCUCCGAUAGACUUAUGGGGCGGUGGAUGUAUAAUGGCCGAAAUGUGGACCCGGAGUCCCAUCAUGCAAGGGAACACUGAACAGCACCAGCUAACUCUGAUCAGUCAGCUGUGUGGUUCCAUCACCCCUGAGGUGUGGCCCAAUGUGGACAAGUAUGAACUUUAUCAGAAACUGGAACUGCCCAAAGGCCAGAAAAGGAAGGUUAAAGAAAGACUGAAGGCUUAUGUGAAGGAUGCCUACGCCCUUGAUCUUAUCGACAAGCUCCUUGUCCUGGAUCCAGCACAGAGAAUUGACAGUGACGAUGCCCUUAACCAUGACUUCUUCUGGUCUGACCCAAUGCCUUCUGACCUUAAGAACAUGCUUUCAACUCACAACCAGUCCAUGUUUGAAUACCUCGCUCCUCCCAGGCGACGGGGAGGUCACAUGCCUCAGGCACCAGCCAAUCAGGGCAGGAACCCUGCAACUAAUCAGUCUGAAUUUGAUCGAGUCUUCUAAGGCCACAGUGCUCAGUACUUGUGCCCCAACGGUCAAAAGUCAAAUUAAUGCCAAGUCUUCGACAAAACCAGAUCCGAAAUUUUACAGGCUGGUCACUGGAUGUACUCACUUUGCCAAGAUCCGAGCAUGUUGCUUGAAAGAAGAUGAAGAUCUCCAGGUUUGAAUUUAGAAACUGGUACUUACAUGUAAUGUGCUAUACACACAUGUUCUUCAGAGAAUGUAGGCAUUUUAUUUAUUGUAGAAAACCUGUCUUGUCCUGGAAUUGCAGCUAUGUACCCAGGAUUAAAAAAAAAA